AUGGCUCCCCUACAACUUAAGUCUCCAAGAGGAGGUCCUCUAUCGCUACUUCUAUUUGGUAUUGCAAUUACUGGCUUUUUUGCCUUGCUUGCCUUUCCCAUUACCGAUGGCUUCUUUGGUGCGAUGAUUCUCCAAGCGCAUAACCAGAAGAUAGGGGCGAAUCAUUCUCACUUCGACACCGCUUUGACAAAUUGGACAUUGUUCGACGACUUGACGAAUGCCCUUACACUCUUUUUCUAUGAUCUUGUCGAUGCAUCAAGCGCCGACAUAACGUUGCUCAUGGUUCCAUUUGGCGGAUCUGCAAUGGGAGUCUGGCUUCUUGGAAUGAUUGAGAGCAACCGAAAGGGAAACAAAGGGCGGCUCCCUGCCUUCUACACCACAAUGGCCAUGUUGGGUCAACUGGCAGGACUGGGUUUCAUAAGUCCAAUAUUCUACGCCAUGUCCCUGAGGGAACAGAGAGCAUCUUGGCACGGAAGUGAUGUCACUGUUGCUCCGGAGGCGCUCUACACGAUACCCAUCAGUAUUUUUCUGGGAAUGGCCGGCCCGACCGCUCUUGCUGCUCUGCCGGCGCCUUCCGUCUUGUCGAUCAACCAAAAGGUCAAUCUAGUAAGGCUUUGGGAGAUGUUUCCUUUCUUGGUAUAUCUCGUCCACCUGGCUCUGACGCCUCUGGCCCGGUGGAUUCUCGAACGGAGCGGUCAACGCGACAGCCAUAGGCGUCAGAGACUCCAGUUUGUGUACUCUAUCGGCUUCCUCUGGAGCGCAGCUCCAUACUGGUACUGGUUGGCCAUGGUCUUUUCGGCCUCAGCAUUUCCUUUUGCCUUUGCGCCCAAGAUUACAAAAGCCUGGAAUUUUCGACAUAUGCUUAGGCUGACCAACCCUUUCUUGCUCGGCAGCCCGUUGCCGCCAAUACCCACUGCAGAAUUUUGGUUUCUCCAGUGGGACUUUUGGUUGAUUGGUGUUUCUUGCUUCGUCUGGGCCCUAUCUUUAAGGCUUGAGACUCCGAAGCUCGACGCACUUUACCUCAAGGGGGGAAUUGUCGUGGAAGCGCUUGCGUAUGCCAUAGCGCUCGGCCCAGUGGGUGCGGCAAUCGUUUUGAUAUGGCAGCGGGACAUGCUACUAAUCAAGGACGACGAUCGGUGCAAACAGGCCUGA